AUGAGUUCGGAAGAGGAGGUUCUGUCUUGUCCUCCAGCUCCCGAGCUACUCGACGACCGCAUCUGGGUUGAUGGCUGCUGGGACUUCUUCCACCAUGGCCAUGCGGGUGCCAUGCUUCAGGCUCGCCAACUGGGUACCGAGCUGUAUGUCGGCAUCCACUCGGACGAGUCUAUUCUCGAGAACAAGGGUCCGACUGUCAUGAACCUAGCCGAGCGCAUCUCUGCUGUAGAUGCCUGUCGCUGGGUGACCAAGUCGGUCCCUCAUGCCCCGUAUGUCACACAGCUAUCCUUCAUCACGCAUUUUGGGUGCAAGUACGUCGUCCACGGCGACGACAUCACCUCGGACAGCAGCGGCGAGGACUGCUACCGCUUCGUCAAGGACGCUGGGCGCUUCAAGGUCGUCAAGCGCACGCCCAGCAUCUCCACGACCGACCUCGUCGGCCGUAUGCUCCUCUGCACCCGCACACACUUUAUAAAGUCCCUGCAGCGUGUGCUCGCGGGCGAGGAAGGAAGCGGUACGCCCGAGGACAGGAAGAGCGAGGGCGAGGCCAUGAAGGCCCGCAUCGCACAGUACGCUACGGAUGCCUCAGGGGUACAGCCUGGUGCCGACGUGUGGUUCUGGGCCGGCUCGCAUGUUGCCCGCAUCGAGGACAGCGAGGAGGAGGCUGGCAAGUUCGACCAGUUGAUCAAGGGCGUCGGUCCCAAGCCGGGCCAAAGAGUCGUCUACGUCGACGGCGGCUUCGAUCUCUUCUCCAGCGGACACAUCGAGUUCCUGAGGCAGGUGUCAAAAGCAGAGGAGGAGCUCGCACGGUCUGAGGGCUGGUAUGACGAGCAGGCUGUGAACGAGCGACUCGGCAAGGGCGAAGACUACCCACCGGCGUUUGUCGUUGCGGGUGUCCACGAUGAUCAUGUGAUCAACCACUGGAAGGGCGUCAACUAUCCCAUCAUGAACAUCUACGAGCGUGGUCUCUGCGUGUUGCAAUGUCGGUACGUCAAUGCUGUCGUCUUUGGAGCUCCCUUUGCACCCACGAAACCCUACCUCUCCUCCAUGCCAUGGGGCACUCCCGAUGCCGUCUACCACGGCCCCACCGCCUUCAUUCCGCUGGCAUACGACCCGUACACGGCAGUCAAGGAGAUGGGCAUCUUUCGGCAGGUCGGCAAGCACUCGUUCCAGGACGUCAAUGCCGGUAACAUUGUGGAGCGUAUCAUGAAGAGCCGAGCCAUGUACGAGGAGCGGCAGCGCAAAAAGGGCGUCAAGGCUGAGGUCGAGGCGGCAGCGCGGGAGCGGGAGAUUCUCGAAGAGGAGCAGCGAGUCAAGGAGGCCAAGAUAGCCGCCGGCCAGCAAUAA